AAGUAUCUAUAGAAUUUUAAGUUGUUACUAUUAUAUACGAGUUUAUUUAAUUUUUUUUUUUUUAAUUAUUUUUUCUAAACCAAAUCAACUAAUGGUUUAAAUUAAAAGUGAUUUUGCAAUAUUGUUAUUUAAUUUUUUCUUCUUUAAUUAAAAACAAUUAUUUAAUAAUGCUUUUAUUCAAAAAACUUGGUAUUGCCGGUGGUUCGUUAUUUACUUUUGGUAUAAUAAUUGGUUACGCGUUUUUCCCGCCAUUUUUAAAGAGUCAAAUUAAAAAGGGAAUACAAUUGGUCGAUGGCUCAGAUAUGAAGGAAAUGUGGGUAAAAGUACCUUUUCCAGUAGACUUUAGAAUUUAUUUAUUUAAUAUUACUAAUGCAAAUGAGAUAAAAACUGGUGCUAAGCCAAUCGUCCAACAAGUGGGUCCAUUUUUUUAUGAUGAAUGGAAAGAAAAAGUUGAUUUGGUAGAUCGUGAAGAGGAUGAUACUGUUGAAUACAAAAAUAAAGCAACAUGGGUAUUUAAUCAAGCAAAGAGCGCACCUGGUCUUACUGAAGAUGUUGUAUUAGUUUUUCCACAUGUUAUGAUUUUGUCAAUGAUACUCGCGACUGUCAGAGAAAAACCAGCGAUGGUUGGUCUUGCGGCCAAAGCUGUCGAUAGUAUAUUCCACAAGCCAGAUUCAGUUUUUGUCACAGCAACAGCACGUGAAAUACUUUGGACAGGUUUACCAGUUGAUUGUUCGGUUAAAGAUUUCGCUGGUAGCGCAGUGUGUGGAAUACUUCGUGAAGAUGAUUCAGGUUUUUUAAAAGACGGUGAAAAUUAUAAAUUUGCAUUAUUUGGCGCUAAAAAUGGAACUGUUAUACCUGAUACAAUUAGAGUACACCGUGGCAAAAGAAAUUAUUUAGAGGUAGGAAUAGUCACGGAGUUUAAAGGUGAACCAAAAUUAAAUGUCUGGCCUGAAGAAGGAGAUUGCAAUACUUUCAAUGGCACUGAUUCAACUAUUUUCCAUCCUUUCCUUUAUCAAGACGAAGAUGUCGUAUCUUUUGCGCCCGAUCUUUGUAGAAGUAUGGGUGCGAGAUAUCAAAGGCCCUCCAAAGUUAAAGGAAUUAAGACAAAUCGGUAUACCGCAGGCUUAGGUGAUAUGAGUACGGAUCCAGCUCUCAAAUGUUUCUGUCCAACACCGGACACUUGCUUAACACAAGGAUUAUAUGACAUGUUUCCUUGUGUAAAAGCACCACUUAUCGGUAGUUUACCACAUUUUUAUGAUACUGAUCCACAAUACUUAACUCAGGUUGAUGGUCUUCACCCUAAUGAGGAGGACCAUCAGAUUUUCAUAGACUUUGAACCAAUGCUUGGAGCACCACUGAGUGCGAGAAAAAGGCUUCAAUUCAAUAUAUUCAUUAUGCCAGUUGAGAAGUUUAAACUUAUGAAAACAUUCCCAAAGGCUCUCUUGCCAUUGUUUUGGGUUGAGGAAGGUCUUUUGUUAGAAGACGAGUAUCUUAAGCCAAUUAAAAUGGUAUUUACAAUGCUAAAAAUCGUCGGAAUUAUGAAAUGGCUAAUGAUGACAGCAGGAGUAGGAUUAGGUGGUGGUGCUGGGUUUCUGUUUUGGAAAUCAACACAAUCUCCACAAAAACUUGACAUUACAAAGGUUUCGCCAAAAACUAUACAAAAUGCCGGUGGCGAUGAGAAAAAGUGGCCAACAAGUGUUAGCACUAUUCAAGGAAAUAAUGCUCCACCCUCUGUAGAAGCCUGAAAGUAAAUU